UGGAGGUGGCAUAGUUGAUAUAAAAACAUAUUGUCAGCCGCAAAAACGAACGAAUAGCUCUAAAUCUACAACUAUUACCGAGUUUUGGAAAUCUACUCAAAUAAUCAAAAUCAAGUCGUAG